AUGGCAUCCGUUUCUUUCCCCACUCAGGCUACGAAGGCCACGCUAUCUGAUGGCACUACUUAUGGAUACGUGUCCAUCCCCGCAGCGGCCGGAAAAAGCACCUUUCUGCUCCUCCACGGUUACCCCUCCACCUCGUAUGACUGGCGGCACCAGAUCGCGGCCCUCCAGGAGGCUGGAUACGGAGUCAUCGCCCCGGAUCUCCUGGGAUAUGGCGAUACAGAUAAGCCUACCGAUCUGAACGCCUAUCGGGUGAAGGUGAUGAGCAGCCAUGUGGUCGAAAUUCUGGAUAUUGAGAAAGUGUCUCGCGCUGUCCUGGUCGGGCAUGAUUGGGGUGUUGGUCUGGCUUCCAGAGUCGCCUUCUACUAUCCCGAUCGAUUUUAUGGUCUCGUGACCAUUGCGGUGGCCUACAGUGCUCCAGGCGGAAAGUUUGAUCUCGACGCGAUACUCGAGCGCACCAAGAGCAUCUUCGGCUACGAAACCUUCGGUUACUGGCUUUGGCACAACAGCGACGAGGCCGCAGCCGAUAUCGAAGCUCAUCCCGAGUCCUGCUUCAAAAUGAUCUUUCCCGAUGAUCCCCUACUAUGGAAGACCGAUGUCGCUCCCCGCGGCAAGGCCGCAGAAUUUGUCCGCUCGGGACGGACAGCUCCCCUCGCUUCCUGGCUCACCCAGGAAGACUACGAAAUCCACCAUAAGGUCUUCUCCAAGGGUGGUUACACCGGCCCCCUGUCAUGGUACAAGGCUAUGAUCCGCGGUUACAAUACCGAGGACGAAGCCGGCAUCGCCGAAGGCGAGAGUAAAUGCCCCAUACGGAAUCUGUUUAUCGCCGCGAAGCAGGACUAUCUCUGUCGUGCUGAAAUGGGCACCAUGAUGACUAACCUGAAUGCUCCUAACUCGAGAGUUGAGACGGUGGAUUGCGGUCAUUGGGUGCAAUUGGAGAAGCCGGAGAUUGUGAAUAAGCUCCUGAUUGAGUUUGCAGAGGAGGUGGUUAACUGA